UUUGUGGGUGUGGAGGGGGUCCGGUAACUAGUGGGAGGCCUCUCUUCAGGUGAGGAGGUGGUGGGUUACUGACGUUUAACCCCCUCUCAUUCUAUGAACAUCUCACAGGCAACCUCUCUCUCUCUUUCUCACUUUCUCUCCCACCCUCUUGCUUUCUUUACCUCUUUCUCACACCCUCACACAGGAAAAGGCUGUUUACGGUGACAUAGUCGUUUCCCAUUCUGAAAGGCUAUUUGGAGGGUACAGAUAGAAAGAAAAUAGCCGUGUUAGACUACAGCUUCUAAUCUGAUACAAGUAGAGAACACUAACUAGGUUUUUGCAAAACAUUGGAGGGACCUCAUUUUAGUGCAGAGGCACAUUGAGGUCGUAGUUCAAAACGGGUCAUGGAUACACUGGCUUUAGAGGCGAAGGCAACUGGACAAGAAAAGAAAAGUUCAGCCCCAAGACCAAGACCUAAACCACCCAAAAAGGCCAAAAGGAUUGUUUACUUUGAGGUAGAAAUCGUGGAUGCAAAGACAAAGGAGAAGCUACUACUCUUGGACAAAGUUGAGCCAACUUCUACUAUUUUGGAUAUUAAGGCUUUGUUCCACAAAUCAAAUCCCCAGUGGUACCCAGCCAGACAGUCCUUACGCCUGGAUCCUAAGGGUAAGGGUCUGAAGGAUGAGGAUGUCUUGCAGACACUUCCUGUUGGAACCACAGCCAGCUUCUACUUCUUUGACCUGGGGGCCCAGAUCGCCUGGAGCACUGUCUUCCUAUCAGAGUGUUACGGACCACUGCUCAUCUACUUGAUGUUCUACUUCCGCCUGCCUUUCAUCUAUGCCCCAAAGUAUGACUUUAGCAGCAGCAAGCACUGGGUUGUACAUUUGGCCUGCAUGUGUCACUCCUUCCACUAUGUGAAGAGAAUCCUUGAGACGCUGUUCAUCCACCGUAUCUCCCAUGGUACCAUGCCACUGAGAAACAUCUUCAAGAACUGCAGUUAUUACUGGUGUUUCGCAGCAUGGAUGGCCUACUACAUCAACCAUCCCCUCUAUACACCACCCUACUAUGGGCAACAGCAAGUGAAGACAGCACUCAUUAUAUUCUUAUUCUGUCAGGUCGGAAACUUCUCCAUCAACAUCACUCUACGCAACCUCAAAUGUCCAGGUGAGCUCCCAUAG